UCCCAAACUCUCCACUGCCAUUCCCGACGCGUCGCCUCUCUGCUCCAUCUCAGUACCUCAACGAUGUCCGGCGUCCGCCUACGCCGCCGCCGCCGCCGCUCCUCCCUCACCUCCACCUAGCUCCUGCCCACCCUGCCUUCUCCUCCGCUUCCGCGGCUCCACUUCCUCCACGAAUCGGCCUCCUCCACUCGACCACGAUGUCCCGCCUCCACCUCCUCCUCCUCCGUCGCAGCUCCUUCUCCACCUCCACCUUGCCGGACUCACGCUCCUGGUGUCCCGGCGCCGCCUUUGACGCGGCCACGGAGCGCGUCCGCGCCGGGACGCUCAGCCCGGAAGAAGCACAUAACCUGCUCGACGAAUUGCUGCGGCACGCCACCCCCGUCCCCGAGUGCUCCCUGCGCGACUUCCUUGUUUCGCUCGCCCGUGCUCCGGACCACGACAACCGCAGAAGCGGCCCCGCCCUCGCCAUAGCUCUCUUCAACCGCGUGUGCCGAGAAGAUGCCGGCGCACGGCUGGCGCAGCCCACAGUCUGCACUUACAACAUCAUCAUGGACUGCUGCUGCCGCGCACGUCGGCCCGACCUAGGCCUUGCCUUGUUCGGCCGUCUCCUCAGAACAGGCCUCAAGACAAACCAGAUCACCGCCAACACCUUCCUCAAGUGCCUCUGCUCCGCAAAACGGACAGAUGAGGCCGUGGACCUACUGCUUCAUAGGAUGUCCGAGCUUGGCUCCGUGUGCGAUGCCUUCUCAUAUUCCAUUGUUCUGAAGAGCUUAUGCGACAAUAGCAUGAGCCUGCGGGCGCUCGACCUGCUCCACACAGUGGCCAAGGGAGGUACCCGUUCGCUCAAUGUGGUGGUGUAUAACACAGUCAUCAGCGGCCUCUUUAAGGAAGGCCUAGUAAGCAAGGCAUGCAAGCUAUUCCAUGAAAUGAUGCAGCAAGGGUUUGCGCCUGAUGUGAUGGCAUACAACUCAGUUAUUCAUGCAUUGUGCAAGGCCAGAGCAAUGGACAAGGCGGAGCUAGUCAUUCGCCAGAUGGUUCACAAUGGUGUUCAACCGAAUAAUGUGACGUACAAUUGCAUGAUCCAUGGGUACUUCACAUCAGGGCAGUGGAAAGAGGCAGCUAAAAUGUUCAAACAAAUGACAAAGCGAGGUCUGAUACCAGAUAUCUUUACUUGCAACUCGUUCAUGACUUCCCUUUGCAAACAUGGAAAAAGCAAAGAAGCUGCAGAAAUUUUUGAUUCCAUGACAACCAAGGGACACAAACCGGAUAUCAUCUCGUACACUAUUUUGCUUCAUGGAUAUGCCAGUGAAGGGAGCUUUGUUGAUAUGAUGGGACACAAACCCUGGUCGCCCUCCGACCCGUCCCUCGACCCGGCCCGCGUCGCCCGCCUCCUCGCCCGCGUCCGCGCCGCCAUCUCCCGCGUCGAGGCCUCCCGCCUCUACCGCCGCUUCCUCCUCCCGAACACCCCGCUCCGCCGCCGGCUCGCCCAGCUCGCGCCCGCCCGCCUCUCCCUCCUCGGCGUCGGCAGCUUCGAGUCCUCCCCCGCCGCGCGCCUCCAGCUCGCGCUCGCCGCCCUCCUCCGCCGCGACCUCCUCCCGGGGUCCGCCACGGCCGACCUCUUCGACCCCGUCCUCUCCGCCGUCGAGUGCGCCGCCGCCGCGGCCCUCGGCUUCGCCGUCCCGAGCCUCGACGACGGCGGCCGCUGCCGCGUGGCGGAGCCCACGCUCUUCUACAUGCCCCACUGCGAGGCCUCGCUCUACGACGCGCUCCUCGACGCCAACUGGGCCCAGCUCCGCCGCGUCUGCGUGCUCGGCAACAGCUUCCGGCGCUACGCCCUCCAGGCGGAGGAGAACCGCUCGGGCCCCGCCGCCAAGGCCAAGCUCGUGCUCCAGGCGGAGCAGCUCGCGUGGGAGGAGCGCGUCGACGAGGCCGGGGAUGUGGAUGAGGGCGACGGGUUCGCACGUGCGUUCAACGAGACGAGCUGGCAUUUCUUCGAGGUGGACGACCAUGUCGACCAGAGGAAGGAGAUAAGUCCCGAAGCUUUGUCUUUCCAGAAAUUGUCACUGUGAUUCUGUGAAUUGUAUUGUACCUGAUUGCACAAGCAUUCAGAGAUUCAGAGCUGAACAUCUUAGCAAAGUUUAACCCUGUAAUUCAGUGAGCUGUAUUACUCGAUUGGAGAUGCAUUCAAAGAUUCAGAGUUGGACACUUACAAAAAUGUAUCACUGUAAUUCAUGAAUUGUACAACUUAAUUGGAGAUGCAUUCUAAGAUUUAGCACUGUAAUUCAGUGAAUUGUAUUACUC